GCCGGAGAUGGGACACAAUGUUGCCAGAGAGAGGGCAAGUGGAUGACAGUACUGAUAUUACAAAUGCAGAUAGGCAUUAGGACAUCCUGUGGAAGUAAACAAGUAAAUCCAUUGCCGAAAAAGACAUAUGAAGGAACAUACAUAGCGGCAGAGACGGCUCCAAGCCUGGCGGGUCGGCUUCCCCGGCAUUUUGUCAUCCCAACCAACGCCUGACUAAUCCCGCACCCGCUCUGUCAGGGCUCCUGUCAAGGCUCCCAGCCUAUCCCGAGGCCAGUCCUUUACGAGUCUGUUCCAAAAUCCCAACUCCUGACGACCGCGCAAACCCGAACUCUGCUGCUGACGAGGAGCCAACUGUCGACCAAGACAUCCGUGUUGCUUCUUAUUCCGCCAUUCUCCCGCGACCGUGGCGCCCACUGCCUCCAUCUCCCCUCCUUAUUCCAAGCUGCAGCACCCUCGGCCCGGCCGGAUGCCCCUGAUGGAUCCCCCGACGUCUGCAGGGCACCAAUGGCAGACCGAGCCUGAGCCCAGCACAACCCUCCCGUCCUUCUACUCGCCGCCCUCCCGACCCAGCGCCCCAACGGCCGCCAGUAGCACCGCCGCCAACGAGGACGUCUCGAGCGGCGACGAGACCUCCCUGGACCGCCGCCAGACCCCUGCCGAGCAUGGCUCCUCCGCCGCGCGCCAGCCCCCGCCUUCACAACACCACUCCGACAGGCCAUCAGCUUCCCUACUGCGCGAAGCCCUAGGAAUGCAGCACCCAGAAAGGCCGGACCAGCAAUCGCCGCUGCUCCCGCCGUCCUUCCUCUCCCCGGCCUUUACGCCCCCCGGCACCCCCGGGACGGCGACACCCACCACCUCCGUACCGCACAGCGUGCCCGUCGACAGCACACUAUCCUCGGGAGGCGGGUGCGGCUCCAAACGCCCGCGCCUACUUGAGACUCUCCCCGAGGUGCAGUGCAUCGUGCGCGCGCGCAUCCCCACCGUCAUCCCCGGGAGCGGAGGCGCCGGCGGGGCCGCCGCGCCGCCGCAGAUGUUCCUGCACUUGUACAAGAACGACGUCGACAACAAGGAGCACCUGGCCAUAGUCUUUGGGAACAACAUCCGCAGCAGCAGCCUCGACGCGCCCAGGCCCGGCGAGACCGAGAUGGACCGCAUGAUCCGCGGCGCCUACACGGGCGUGCUGUACCCGGGCAGGACGACCAGCGGGCAGGACGCCGCGGGCGCAAGCGCCAACGGCAGCGCGCCGCCGCCGCCGCCGCCGCCGCAGCAGCAGCAGAUACCGCUCGUGCGCAUCCACAGCGAGUGCUACACGGGCGAGACGGCGUGGUCCGCGCGCUGCGACUGCGGCGAGCAGCUGGACGAGGCGGCGCGGCUCAUGUCGCUCCCGGAAAGCGGCGGCGGCGGCGGCGGCAUCAUCAUCUACCUGCGGCAGGAGGGGCGCGGCAUCGGGCUGGGCGAGAAGCUCAAGGCGUACAACCUGCAGGACCUGGGGUCCGACACGGUCGAGGCCAACCUGCUGCUGCGCCACCCGGCCGACGCGCGCAGCUACGGCCUCGCCACGGCCAUCCUGCGCGACCUGGACCAGCGCGAGAUCCGGCUGCUGACAAACAACCCGGACAAGAUCCGCGCCGUCGAGGGGCCGAACCGCGAGGUGGCCGUCAAGGAGCGCGUGGCCAUGAUCCCGCUGUCGUGGAGGGGGAGGGGCGGGUUCAGGAGUAAGGAGGUUGAGGGGUAUCUAAAGACCAAGAUCGAAAAGAUGGGCCAUAUGUUGGACUCGAGCGCGAUGCCCUCAUGAGCUGGCGGCGCAACAUUACAUAAAAAAUUCGUAAAUAGUUUAGAGGCGCUGGGAGCACCUGUUCACGAACUGCAGGAAACUAAAUUAUCAUGGGUUAAAAAAACGUCGAAUAA